CAAUAGAACAGCAGAGUGGAUGACACAGUUACACCUCACAACAGGUAACUGGUGGACGAAAUUUGUGAUAUUUUUUAAACCCAGACUUAUAAUUUGAUAGAUUAAAAUUAUACUUCAAUCACCUCAUGUACUACCACAGGCAUUGUGAACAAUCCGGUUAAUUCACACUUCUGCCAAUGACUGUAUUACUUUAAAGUUUAACGAUAGUUAAAGAAAUGUACAGUCAAGCAUACGAAGACUCGCCGUUGCCAUUAAUAGCGAAUUACACAGUUAUUAAGGAGGCGGCAAUAGAAGAUAAGAGAGAGACAGAAGAUCGUGUUAUUCUUGAAAUUGGAAGACAAGAUGAUAAGCCCAAAGAAGAACUCACUUUUUCUCAUAAGAAAUAUGAUAAGACGAUUUCGCAUCACAGGUCAUAUAUUUUGGAAGAUUACUCAGAACCGAGAAGGAUUACGUAUUUUAGGCCUCAUGAAUUGGAACAAUCUUCCCAUGAAAGUCUAAGAUACAUAGAGCACGAAGAAUACAGGGAUGUCAACAUGAUAGAUGCAGCUAGUUCUAAAUCUUCUAUUGACUUCUCACACGAAUCGCACGAUAAUGGUAGACUUUCUGAUGAUCAGCAAGACGCCAUUUUGAAUUGGAAAGAGCGGGCAAUGCAGCUAGAGAAAGAAUACAAGAAGACAGCGUGUGAUAGAGAGAGGACGCGAAUGAGAGAUAUGAAUCGCGCAUUUGAUUUGCUUCGUUCAAAGUUGCCAAUAACGAAGCCUUCAAAAAAGAAGUACUCUAAAAUUGAAUGUCUUCGGAUAGCAAUAUGUUAUAUCCGUCAUUUAGAAUACAUGCUAGCUGGCGGAUGUCCAGAAGAAAACUCUACUUUUUUCGAUCCCCAAGUCAUCGAGGAGAGGCAAAGACAUCAAAGAUUUUGACUAAUAGAUAUUAUUUUGCGUUUCGAAUAAAAUAUUGUUUAUAAAA